UGUUAAUGCCGCCGGCUACCUUACCGGAAUGCCUUAAAAUGCCUAUUAAAAGAUUAUCAUACCUCGAGUGUGAAGUUAGCCCUUGAAAUUUGUGUUACAUGGUAUCUUAAGGAUGGGAACCUUUUCCUGACUCAUCUGUGCUACACCUCUGCGACUCAGCACACGAAACCCACGAUCCCUACACCAAGUCCACCUCUUGUGAAAUGGUGCAGCUUAUUCCGAACACCACAGCUGUUCGAGUGUUUGAAGAUCAUACAGACAACAUAAACGCAGUGGCAGCUUUGCCAGAUGGGCGGCGUAUGAUCACUGCAUCAAAAGACAAUACGCUCUGUCUGUGGGACUUGGAGUCAGGCGAAGUGUUGAAGAAAAUGGAAGGGCAUCGUGGCGCGCUGAAUGCGUUGGCGGUAUCACCAGAUGGGAAAUUGAUAGCAAGCGGUGAUACGAGAGGAGAGCUCAUCGCCUCCCAUGGAGAAACUGGAGAAACCCUCACUAGGCCCAUCAAAGUUCACUCCGCGACAAUCCUAUCCAUAGACUUUUCUCCAGACGGCGCGGCUCUGGCUACUGGUUUAGAUGACGGAACGACAAAGUUUGUGAGCACGCGGACAUGGCGGGUGCAAGGAAAUCCAAUCAAGUCUAGUUGUCUAGUUCGCUGCGUCCGGUAUUCUCCGUCUGGCACACUCCUCGGGAUUGCGACAAGGGAGAAAAUCGAGAUCUAUAAAUCAGGCAAGAGACAAUGUGUCGCAAAGUUCAAGGGUCACCGUAAAACGAACUUCUCACUGGCAUGGACUCCCGACGGAACACGCCUUCUCACAGGCGGCGAUCAUCAAGAUCCCACCAUACGAGAGUGGGAUAUAUCGACUUGGAAGCAGGUCGGUGAACCCUGGAUAGGUCACGCUACUGUUAUCAAGGCUAUUGUUGUCAAUUCUGCUGGCACGCUCGUUGCGUCUGCAUCUUACGACAACCAUGUUCGUCUCUGGCGCCUCUCAGAUCAGCGAACCAUCGCCAGCUUCCAGCACUGUGCGUUGGUGAUUUCCGUAACCUUCUCCAUCGAUGGCAGUCGUAUCCUCAGCGGAGGUGUCGAUAAGAAAGUUUCAGAGUGGGCUGUACCUGAGGAUGCUUUGCCAGAUGAUAAUCCAAAUGGUCUGGCGCCGAAGGCUCCAGGCUCUGAUUCAGAAGACGGUCCAAAAGAUCUGGCACCAAAGGAUCAAGGUUCUGAUUCCAAGACCGUCGUCGCAAUUCAGACUGUCGUCACGGUUCAGACCAAUGUCAUCACCAAGACUGCCCGCAAUACGCGCGUGACAGAGGUCUUAUCUACUGCUGAAAUGGUACUGACCGAAACUUUCGACGCCGGCAUCAACAACUACGCGUCCUAUGCUAAUCGCUCUUUCGUUAUGGCGCGCAAAUCCGACUGGGACUGUGCGCUUCAGGAUGCAAUCAAGUCCCUCACCAUACAUCCCUCAUUAGCAGGCUAUAUUGCCCAGGGUAUUGCCCUAUGUGGAAAACAGCUUGUCGAGGACGCGAGAGCAGCCUUUGAACUCGCGUUCACAUUUACAGUCGGCAAUUCAGAUGCUACUCUUUUCCUUUUCUUGAUCAAGGCUAUCGCAUUGUUCAACGCAAAUGAACACAGCGAGGCAAUGCUUUGUGUCGAACAGCUGGCUACUGAUUCAAAUGCCGAUCCCCUCGUUUGUCGUGUCGUGGAGGCAAGUCUGAGAGUUCAACUGGGAACCAUUGCCUUCAAUGGCGCGCAUCACAAUGAAGCUGUUGAGCACUUCACUGCCGCUGUCAAGGCUAGCACUUUCUUGGCUAAAUCAGCCACUCCUUCUGCAUGCAAGGCUUUCACUGUGCUAUUCGGGUGGGAGCUCGAGUCAUUGUGGCAAACUGCCAACGAGAAGCUAUGUUUUGCACUCCUUAAAGCUGGAAGACUUGGAGAAGCUCUUGAAUCGUACAAAUAUGGGAUGGACGCAAGCGAUGAAGCUACGAGGUCCGGCUUACGUGCGUGGAUCUUCACCAUCUCGUUAUAACGAAUGUUCUACCCACUCACCGCGACCGGUUACACAUGCAUUUUGAAAACACGGAAAUCUUUUUAUUUAGCUUUCAAGUCAGAGUGAAGCACCCUACAUGCUGCCAACUGAGAUGCAGUCCUCGAGCAGUUACAUACGUAUUUAAGAACACGGACAGUUACUUUAACAUUAAUUGUAUUUCUCUGUACUCUUAUCGUAUAUUGGCGAGCUCGUGACUUGAGUGCAUAUCC